UGUUUUCGUCCCGUUCAAGGUGGCGGUGCAGGCAGCCAGCAGACCGUUCUCCAUGAGGAGCAGUAGAAGAUGCCGGCUCUGCCAGCACUGCUGCUGUCGAUACACUGUGUCUCCUUCCUGCUAGUUACCAUGGCGCCUCGCUCCCUCAGCCUGGCCCCAGUGCUCUCCUCUGUCCGCAUGGCGGCCAUCCUGGACGACCAGUCGGUGUGCGGCCGCGGGGAGCGGCUGGCCCUGGCCCUGGCCAGGGAGAACAUCAACAGCGUGAUGGAGGGCCCGUCGCGCGCCCGCGUGGAGGUGGACAUCUACGAGCUGCAGAAGGACUCCCAGUACGACACCACCGACACCAUGUGUCAGAUCCUACCCAAGGGUGUCGUCUCGGUUAUAGGUCCCGCCUCCAGCCCCGCCUCCGGCUCGACUGUCAGUCACAUAUGUGGGGAGAAGGAGAUCCCUCAUGUAAAGAUCGGUCCAGAGGAGACCCCUCGCUUGCCGUACCUGCGCUUUGCGUCCGUUACGCUGUACCCCAGCAACGAGGACCUGAGCCUGGCUGUCGGGGCCAUCCUGCGCUCCUUCAGCUACCCCUCUGCCAGCCUGGUGUGUGCCAAGGCCGAGUGUAAGUACAACUCAGACCGUGGGUUCUGGCCCAACCAUGUGCAUGCUGUUCAUGGGAUCAGAAUGAGUGUCUGGUGGUUAAAUCCGUGUUGGAUUACAUGUUUAGCGUAAGUAUGUCUGUGGGUGUAGGGUAUUUGUAUGGGAGUAUGCAUAUGAUCAGAUUAUGAUUUAUGACGAGGACGAUGGUGUUUUGGACUGCAAGUAAUGUGAGCAUUAGUAACGUCAUAUUGAGGGUGUGUACAACGUAUGUGUAUGAUGUGUACAUGUGCAUGAUUGUACAUGCGUGUCUGUGUGCAUUUGUGGGUUUAUCUGUUUCUAUAUGUGUUUGUGUGUGUGUGUGUGUAUGUGUGACAUGGUUCGAAACACUCCUACUGAGGAAUCAGUUGGAGUGUAAUACCUGUAAAAACAGGUGUUACAGCCACACACAUGCACAAAUACACACACACACACACACACACACACACACACACACACACACACACACACACACACACACACACACACAC